UCUCUGUAUUAUCCUAAGAAACGAAUCCAAAUUCUCAGCUUCUCGACCAUGGGCGGAGGAGGAGUCAUGAGAGCGGCGGCCAAAGUCGCUGGAAUCGGAGUGGUGAGUCACGGACGACGAGCUGGUAUUAAUGUGGUACAGCCGGGAGAGCAGUCCGUGGUCCGAUGUGCAAAGCGUCCUGUUUCGCCAACCGCGGCGUCGCAGGCCAGAAUAUCGGUCGACGUGCAGCCUGUCCAGCAGGUAUCUUCUGAGAUCAUGGAUGAUGAUUGGGACUUCCUCGAGGAGGAGUUGAUGGUAGGCGGUGGCGAGCCAAUUGGUCGUCUCAUUUUUGGCGGUGUUCCGACCCUGGAGGAGGCUAAGGAAGCCACUAAUGAUUUGAAAGAUGCACUGGAGUCUUUUCUGUCAUCUCCAAGGGCCAGUAGUUGUUAUGCAGCUAAUCAGGCGUCCGGCCUGCAAUUGCUUUCUAGCGCUGAACAUCUAGAGACUAAAAGUUGUGUUAGGUUUGAUUCCAAACCAAAGGAUGCUUUCCAGGCCUUCACGUUGCUCAGUGAAAGUCCUGCAGCACAGUCUGUUGUUGCUUCCAUUGCUAGUGAUCCAAAUGUGUGGAAUGCUGUUCUUCAAAAUGAUGCGCUGACUGAAUUCCUGCAGUCUCAGGAGGAUGAUGUUGAUUAUGAAUAUCAAGGAUCCCCAAGAAGCCCUGAAUCUCCAAGGAUGUACGAACAUUUUUUGGAUGGAAGUGACGAAAUUUCAAUAUCGGAUUUGAUGCAGAAGAUCAAGACUACUGUUGCUGAGAUGGUGAACAGCGUGUCUGAUUAUAUUCAGGAAAUUUUUGGUUUUUCUGCAGCUGAAAAUGAAAAUGAAAAUGAAAAUGAAGGCGCUGUAUCAAUCUUCAACAUUGAUAAGCGUACAUGCUUUGUUUCUCUGGCUGUAAUGGCCAUUGCAGUCGUGUUGCUGAAGCGAUAAUUGCUUUCUAAAUUAGCUGAUCUUACAAGUUCUCGAUGUCUUUUUGGUUUAGAUUCUAGGGAAAGAAAGAUGAUGUUGAAAA